UGUUGGGGUGGAUGAUGCCCAGGCACUGAUGAUGGCUCUGGCAGCUCCCAACGUGCACAUCCUGGCAAUAACCUGCACUCACGGUAACACGGGCAUCGACAACGUGUGCAAGAACGUGCUGCGUGUGCUGAAACUGUGUAACAGGAUGGAGAUCCCUGUCUACCGUGGAGCAGGCACCUCCCUCCUGGGUGUAGUCCAUCACGACGCCGCUUACCAUGGGAAGGACGGCCUGGGCGAUGUUCCCGAUCCCGACGCUCCGGGUGUGGAACAUUUAAAGUCCGAACACGCAGUGAAUGCCAUGGCACGGAUAGUUAAUGAGUACCCCGGGCAGGUCACUCUUGUUGCUCUUGGACCCCUGACCAACGUGGCCCUGGCUGCCAAGAUACACCCCACCUUUCCUUCAAAGCUGAAGAGUUUGUACAUCAUGGGCGGAAACAUGGAAGCCAGAGGGAAUGUGAGAGUCUGCGGCGAGUUCAACUUUGUCACAGACCCAGAAGCAGCUUCCAUUGUGCUGAGCCACUUCACUUGUCCCGUGCACAUCGCCACCUUGGAAUACUGCCUCCGCCACCACCUGACCUGGGACUUUUAUAGAACGUGGGUGAAUCAAGACAGUGCAAAGGCUCGGUUCAUGAAGAAGAUAUCUGCACAUACUGCGGACUACAGCAAGGAAGGCCAAGGUAGUAAGCAACUGCUGUUUGGAAGUGGCUUUGUGUCCUGUGAUUCAUACGCAAUGUCUGCUGCCAUCGAUGACUCGGUGGUGACGGAGCGCGCCCAGUACGGGGUGAGUGUGGAGUUGCACGGUUCACUGACCAGGGGCAUGAUGGUCGUGGACACCCUCGACAUCCUGAAGCUCCCACACAAAGCCACCGUCUUCCUGGAAUGUGACAUGGAGAAGUUCAAGCAGCAGCUGAUUAAGGCCCUGAAAUAAGAUGUGGUAUGUCCCACACGGAAGAACAUAAAGCCAGCAGUGCUUGAGUUACAAUUAUAUACAAUGUCAACUAACGCCAAUAAAAUUUAUGCUUCAAUAAUGGGGUAAUGAUACUAAAAAUGUGGGCAAAAUUGGAUAUUGAAUGCUUAUUGUUAAAUUGUUAAACUCAUUGUUAAAUUGCUUAUAAAAGCUUUAAUGUCAGUGUGAAGGUGAACUUCACAGGUAGAAGAUUAAGUCGUAGAUCUGUUGUGGAAAUUUGAUCACAUUUUGCAAAUGGAAAAUUGUUCCCCGAGGAAGUUAAAUGGAAGGUUUGGGAAAUUGAAAUGGAGAUGACUUUCUGGUUGCAUAAGAUCCUCCAACCUCACCCCCCAUUUCUGGUUCGGAAACCUUCAUUCAUUAUUUUGAUAUCUCGAGGGUUGACUAUUCCAAUGUUGCACGUUUUACCAUCCUAUUUCCGGCCACCAUAAACAUAACCAAAUUACUGUCAAAUUAUGUCUUCAUCCUCUACACAUUGGUCCAUGGCCUGUCCUGUUUUAAUCUCCUUACCUACAUCUCCUCCUGCCCACCACUCCUGGUCUUCAAUGCUCUCCACCUCUGUCAUCACCGCCAUGUUAUAGGAAAGAUGUUGUCAAGCUGGAAAAGGUUCAGAGAAGAUUUACAAGGAUGUUGCCAGGACUAGAGAGUCUGAGCUACAGGAAGAAAUUGAAUUAGGGACUCCUUUUCUUGGAGAACAGGAUGAUGAGGAGUGAUCUGAUAGAGGUGUCUAAAAUCAUGAGAGGAAAGAUACUAACAUAGAAACAUAGAAAAUAGGUCCUUCGAGCCUGCACCGCCAUUCAAUAUGAUCAUGGCUGAUCAUCCAACUCAGUUUCCCGUACCUGCCUUCUCUCCAUACCCCCUGAUCCCUUUAGUCACAAGGGCCACAUCUAACUCCCUCUUAAAUAUAGCCAAUUAACUGGCCUCAACUACCUUCUGUGGCAGGGAGUUCCAGAGAUUCACCACUCUCUGUGUGAAAAAUGUUUUUCUCAUCUCGGUCCUAAAAGAUACACAGAGUCUCUUGCCCAGAAUGGGUGAAUCGAGGGCCAGAGGGCAGAGGUUUACGAUGAAGGGGAAAUUAUUUAGUACGAAUCUGAGGGGCAACUUUUUCACACAAAAGGUGUUGAGGGUAUGGAACAAGUUGUUGGACGUGGUUAAGGCUGGGACUAUCCAAACGUUUAAGAAACAGUUGGACAGGAACAUGGAUAGGACAGGUUUGGAGGGAUAUGGACCAAACAUGGGCUGGUGGGACUAGUGUAGCUGGGACAUGUUGGCCGGUGUGGGCAAGUUGGGUUGAAGGGCCUUUCUCCACACUGUAUCACUCUAUGCCUCUCUGAUCUCCAGCCCUGCGACCUGUCAGCACUGUGAAGGCUGUGCUCUCUAGAAGUCUGUUCCUAAGUCUCUCCACCCCAUGCUCUCCUCCCCUGCAGAGAUAUUAAUGGCCGCUGUGUGAUUCAGCCUCCAAUUGUAUUCAUAAUUAUAAUGACGCCAUAUAAAUUGCUUAUUAAAAUGUCUAAUUGGCUUUGGGAAUGCAUUACUUGGAUCAGAGGUUUCUAUUUCAAAGACAUAGUUUGCAUUAAAAUUUCAGACUGUCAAAACUCCACAUGAGGACCAAUAACCCUUAGGAAAAGCAGUCCUGAACUACUAUCAGGCAACUGACCCAUCCUACCACAACCAGAGAGCAGUGCUGAACAACUAUCUACAGUACCUCAUUGAUAUCUUUGAUUGGACUUUACCUUGCACUAAAUGUUAUUUCCUUAUCUGUACACUGUGAAUGGCUCAAUUGCAUCUGUACACUGUGAAUGGCUCAAUUGCAAUCGUGUAUUGUCUUUCCACCGUCUGUUUAGCACGCAACAAUAGCUUUUCACUGUACAUUGGUGCACGUGACAAUAAACUAAAACUAAAACUGAAAAUAAUUUGCAUUUAUUCUGAUAUAGAGAAACUUCAUAAAAAUGGGCACUGCUUUUGCUGAAUCUGACAGAUACCUCUGAAUUAAUAUUGUAAUUGGUGCACAAACACUUUGUAAAUCAAUAGAAAAUACCGAUAGCAUGGAA